AUGGCGGCAGGCCAUCUGGCUUUGCUGUGCCUAGGCCUAUGUCUCCUAAUGACAGAUGUGCUGUCACAGAGAAGGUGCAGUGUUCCUGUGUGGCAGCCUGAACUGGGUAGCAACCCCAUCACUUCCAACAGAGGAAAAGUCCUGCUUGUUGCUCUGCUCAGAGGAUACUGCUCUUACUGUGUUGGACAGGCACGCAGACUUGAAUCUCUCAAGAACAACCUAACAUCGCAAGGUUUCCCAGAUAUUGCUAUGUUGAUAGUAAAUGGUGGUGAGGGAAUGUCGCGGCGCAACGUACAGAAUUUAAUCGAUGCCAGCAGUAUUCCAGUCCUCCAGGACAAUGAGAACCAUGCAUUGUUCAGGAAUGUAUUCAGCGGAAACAAGGAUGACUUUGUUGUGUAUGACAGAUGUGGUCAGCGAGUAGCUUAUAUUCCUCAUCCCUAUAGCUACUUGGGUAACAAUGUUACAGAGCGUGUUCUGAAGGCUGUACAUAAUGGACGACACACUUGCCGCUGCCGAUUAGACCGGGCAAGAAAUAACCCUCAUGAUGUUAUGUAUGGAGACCAACCAGAUCAGCCUACACACAUCAUACACGAUAACACUCUUGGCUUGGACUGCCCGCCAACUGAUAGGUGGUGCAGAAGGUACCUUAGGAAUUACAGAAGGAAUCGUCUGGAGCCUUCAACAGACUCACUUCAGAACCCAGUAUCAAACAGAACAAGACCACGUCAUCAGGAACAUGGAGAUGAACAGAGUCAGUCUCCAAGAGGCCAUAAUAGACAUAAUCAUCGUUCACGUAAUAAUCAUAAUCAUCACAAUAAUCAGAGUCAGUCUAGGGUUAGGGUCAAUGGAUCAGUAUGA